AUGGCGUUACAAGCAUUCGCUUUAUAUUCUCUAUUUACUGUAUGUUUUCUUUCGUUUGAUCAAUAUUUAUCAACGAAUGUUCGAUCUUCUUGGCGACAAAAAAGUACACUUAAAUUAGCUCAUCUUCUUACAAGUCUUAAUGUGUGCUUUGUCGUGUUGCAUAGCUCAACAGUUCUUAUUAUCUAUGAAAUUCAACCAUCAAUGAGUUGUAAUGUAUACAAUCCUAUAGCAAGGCGGUACUAUUCCUUCUUCUAUUAUCCAAUUUUGGCCAAUAUUCUUCCUGUAGUUCUUACUGUAACGUUGAGUUUAUUGGCCUAUCGAAACGUUCGUCGAAUAGUUCGUUUGCAGCUACCAGUAUUUCGUCGACGUCUUGAUCGUCAAAUGACAGCAAUGACUCUGGCACGUGUAAUGGUUCUUAUUAUAUUUGGGUUUCCAUAUAUUAUUAUUUCUCAAUAUGCAGUUAAUUUAAAAAUCAGUGGAAAUAAUUAUAUGGAAAUAGCCAUCGUUAGUCUAUUAUCAGCAAUAUUUGCUUCAAUAAUGCAUGCUAAUUUCACGGUCAAUUUUUAUGUUUUCCUGAUAGUAUCAUCACGUUUUCGUCGUCAAGUAAAAACUAUUUUAAUGAAAAAGUGUUGUCGAUCAAUCAAACGUUGUUUUAACAAAGCACCUACAAAUAUUCGUAUGAAUCAAAUUUCUCCUGGAAUACUUCUACCAAGUGUUUCUAUUAGUGAACUAGAAUGA